AUGUUGACCGGAGUUAACCCGUCGAGCUACACCAAAUUUUACGAUUUCGGGGAUUAUGCAUUUUCAGGGCUUGGUAUAACCCCAGCUCAUUACGAUAACAUCCACGACGCCAUCUACGGCUCAGAUGAAUUCCGCAUGUUUGCUUACAAGAUCAAACGGUGCUCAAGAACCCGCAGCCAUGACUGGACGGAGUGUCCUUACGCUCACCGUGGCGAGAAAGCCACGCGCCGCGACCCUAGGAAAGUUUCCUACAUAGCAAUCGCUUGCCCUGGUUUCCGUAACGGGAAAUGCCUGAGAGGCGAAACGUGCGAGUUCGCGCACGGGGUUUUUGAGUACUGGCUACAUCCUGCCCGGUACCGUACUCGCACGUGCAAUGCGGGGCAAUUCUGUCAACGUAAAGUUUGUUUUUUUGCUCAUACUCCUGAUCAGCUCCGGUCGGAGAAGAAAUAUGCGUAUCCGUUUGUGUAUAGGGCUCGGAUGAACGGUGGAGAUGGGGUUUUGGGAUUUGAAUCGGGUGGUGAUGAAAGAGCCACGUCCACUCCUGUGGUGGAAUCUCCUGUGAGGGUGGAUAGGAGGAUGUGUUUUGAAGGGGUUUCUCAGCUGUUGAUUAGUAGCUUGAGGAAUUCAAAGGUGAGGAUUGAUUGUGAUGGUGAUGAUGAUCAAGAUCAUGAUCAAGAAGAGGGAAAGAUUAUUUGUGCAAUUGAUGAAUCUGAAGAUGGAUUGCCACAGCUUGAUUGGAUUUCAGAACUGGUGAAGUGAAUUAUAAAGAUUUGGUAAAUUUUGUACAAUUUUUAUAAAUUGUGGGUUAUUGAGGAAUAAUAUUUUUGCAGUCAUUACGUAAGUAUGUUUU